GGUAGAGCUCAAGAAUCUGACUGACACCCUUCAAAGUUGAUAUAGCACAGUGACUAUACAGUAGAUAUAAAUAUAUAGUACAAGAAAAAGUAGAUACGCUCCAGGUUGGCUUGUGAGUCUAUGCACGGAGAGGCCCACUCCUGCUGGUGUUCGGAGUGAGAGAUGUGGAGACGGGAGGAGAGGCGUCCAGUGCAGCUGUGUGCCUCUUUAAGAUUCCAGCUCUCUACCUCCUCUCGCCGCUGCCAAACCGGUAUCAUUAGCUCUGGCAGUUUACCCAGCGGCCAUUGUUGCUCGGCCAUGGAGCGUUAGUGUGUCUUUUUAAGUGUGGCUAAACUAAGUCCAUUCACUUGUAAAAGAGCGCAACCAUUGGCAGAUAGUUGGCAGGUCGCACAGAGAGGCUAUUCACCCCCGUAGGAAGGAGCUGAGAACUGCCUCGGAAAUGCUCACAAGCCCCCUUGAAUAUUUUAACGGGGAGACUUUGGAUGCCCUCUCGGGAUCUGACAUGCUCCUGUCUGCAUGACCCGACUUCAAUGCUCUACGGGAGCCUCGUUUUGUUAUCUCACAGAUUUUUUUCUUCUGUCUGUGGUUGUUCAUAUUGAAAGGUGAAACACUGAUGUUGUCAUCGCAGGAGUUGGUGGGAGCAGUGUGGGAGAUUCAUUGUGCCUCUUGUUGUUUGGAUGCAGGCCAAGCACUCUGGUAAAAAGUCAGACCCUCGGCACCCCUUUUAUUUUAGAUGCCAUGCGUAACAAAUUAAACCUCCAUUGAAUGAGGACAUAAUGACUUGUGAUCAAUGUCCUGCCUGUAAAUAACGCCAUUAAAGAGGUCUUGACUGGAAUUUAAUGAAGCUCUCAUGCGUGCGUUCUGUGCCUCGGUAGCGCCGCAGAUCACAUCAAACAAUUCAUGCUGGUUUUGUAUGGUUUCACAAAUCCUGGCCAAAACUCGAAACAGCCGGUUGACCUGGUGACUUUCUUCCAUUUCCUUCUUUUAUCACAUCAAUAGAUGUGAGUGACACGCACCGUGGGGGGACAGAGAAAAGACUGGGGGUCUAAAAACAAAAGUGCAGCAUUCGUGCCGCGAGCACCACAGUAAUAUCAAAACAAACGUGUUGUAGUUUCUGCUGGCAAAUGCUGUUCACAUACCAUCUUUUCUAUCCAUUGUAGUCCACCAAGUGAGAGCAACAUGGACAAUACAGUGGCAAGACUUUAGAUUUAAAACCUCUAAGUAUAUGAAGACAAUCUCAAGCAAAAUUCUCUGCAAAUUCUCUGCUUCUGUCCGUCUGGCAGUCGCAAGUUCAUGCUUUGUUUUUCAUGUCUCCUCCACAAUCAGGUCACAUGAAUUGGCCUCUAAUCUCUUCACAGGCUUUAGUGUUUUUUCCAACAGAGGCCACAUUACAAACCAGUAAGAACAGUGAAACCACAUUUGUUUUAGGACAAUAUUCACCCUUCAGUUUGUUUGGAGGUUCCCACAGGAAAUAAUGGAGGUAGAAAUCAUUUUGUAAUCUAUUCACUAGUGUUUGUUCAUUCAUAUUCUGUUGCUUAUCCUGUCGGGGGUCACACAUGAGCUGGAGCUCAAUGUGGGCUGGAGGUACACUGGCCUCUUUUGUUAUAUCCUUCCAUGAUACAGCCGGUUCUGUGAAGCACAAGUGUAUAUCUGCCCACAUUUGCAAGCCCCUUGCACUGUCCAGUUGUCCUUUCAUGGUCGGUGAUGGGUGCCUUCGCUGCCUCUUCACAAAGGAAAGAUGAGGGACUUAGUUUUUUUCUUGGAGAGGCUCUCCUUGCAGCCAGUGAGGGUUGUUGGGUAUGAACACAAGGGGCAUGCAGAAUCUUUGCCAACCACCAGGGGAAAAUGAAUUAUUAUUAAAUUUGCGAUGCAAUUGUGUAUCAUCUCGCCUUGUGACCUGAGUGUCUGUCGAGAGUAAACAAUAGGGGUUGUUUACUGUGUCUGAGCUCCGCUGUGCCACCCCACUGUGAUGUAACUCCAUUUAUUGGACUGACACAAGUAUACACCAUUGUCGCAAGCUUAACUGAGCUGGGCUUCUCAAAGGUGUGAGCUCAACAUAAGGAGCAUGGCUUCACAACUAAGGGGGUCAAAGACUGAAAAGGUCUUGAUGACUGUAAAGAUGGAAUUCUGAGGCGAUGGUUCAAAGGCUUUUUGAAGUGUCUUAGCCGUGCUGAGUCCUGCUGACAGCACAGCAGGCAGUCUACUCAGAAACUAACUUGCUGAAAUAUGGGAGUUUAAAAUGACUGUAUGAAACAGUAUUUGAGAAUGACAAGUAUCUUCACACCUCUUGCAGGUCUUUCCAGAGGACCUGGUAGGAGAGUAGAUGUACUAGGAACUAUGGUGACGUCGGGGUGGGGGACAUGGGCCCUGUCUCCUUGGGGCCUUGUUCUGGUCGUCUGUGUGCUUGUGUGUGUGUCCCACCAACCCCCUAUCAUACCUGCGGACUGUAACCGAAAGGAGCAUCCGGUCGUGUUCAACCAAGCCCUGAAGACAUGGAUGAAGGAAUUUUCCCACCCAGGAGUGAAGGAUUUCUCUCAACUGGCCCUGGACCUGAGCAGAAAGCAGCUUAUUGUGGGAGCAAGAAACUUCCUCUUCAGCCUAAGUUUGAACAAUGCCUCCCUAAUACAGGCGUCAGAAUGGACACCCGAUGAAGACACGAUCCAUUCUUGCCAGAGCAAGGGCAAAUCAGAGGAGGAGUGUCAAAACUACAUCAGGGUUUUAUUGAUCAGUGGCAAAACGCUCAUCACAUGCGGAACCAAUGCUUUUGCACCCGUCUGCGUAACCAGACAGAUUGGUAACAUAAGUCAGGUGGUGGACACAGUGAAUGGUGUUGCACGAUGUCCCUAUGACCCCCGCCACAACUCUACGGCUAUGGUAACGGAGAAGGGUGAGUUGUAUGCCGCCACGGUUAUUGACUUCUCUGGACGCGACCCUGUCAUCUACAGGAGCCUGGGGAACAUGCCCCCAUUACGCUCGGCCCAGUACAACUCCAAAUGGCUCAAUGAGCCUCAGUUUGUGUCUGCUUAUGAGACCGGUCGAUUCGCCUACUUCUUCUUGAGGGAAACAGCUGUUGAAAACGACUGUGGAAAGAUGGUGUUCUCUCGGGUGGCCAGGGUGUGCAAAAACGACAUGGGUGGUCGUUUUCUUUUGGAGGACACCUGGACCACCUUCAUGAAGGCGCGACUGAACUGCUCCCGCUCGGGAGAAAUUCCCUUUUAUUACAAUGAACUGCAGAGCACCUUCUACUUACCAGAGCAAGAACUGAUCUAUGGCAUCUUCACCUCCAAUGUGAACAGCAUGUCAGCUUCUGCUGUUUGUGCUUUCAACCUGACUGCCAUCACUCAGGCCUUCAAUGGACCUUUCCGCUACCAGGAGAACCCCCGCACAGCCUGGCUCUCAACUCCAAAUUCCAUACCCAAUUUUCAGUGCGGCACACUGGAUGAAGGCGGCGCUGGUGGGAACCUGACCGAGCGAAACCUCCAGGAUGCUCAGCGGCUCUUCCUAAUGCACGAUGUGGUGCAGCCGUUGACGGUGAAUCCUCUUCUCACCCAGGACAACCAGCGCUUCUCCAAGCUGGUGGUGGACAUCGUGCAGGGUCUCAAUGCUCUGUACCACGUCAUGUACAUCGGCACAGAAUAUGGCACCAUCUUGAAGAUUCUCUCCACAACCAAUAAAAAUCUUCAUGGCUGCUACCUGGAGGAGCUCAGGAUUCUUCCUGAUGGGCAAACUGGUUCAAUCAAGAGCAUGAUGAUUCUUCACAGUGACAGGUCUUUGUUUGUGGGGCUUGAGGACAAAUUGCUGAAGAUCCCGUUAGAGCGAUGCUCCAGCCAUCCAACUAAACGACGCUGUUUGGAAGCUCGGGACCCUUAUUGUGGAUGGGAUCACAAACAGGAGCGUUGCACAACCUUUGAAGACAGCACCAACAUGAACCAGUGGACCCAGAACAUCACCCAGUGCCCAGUAAGGAACCUGACACAGGAUGGCGGGUUUGGCCCAUGGGCACCGUGGCAACCCUGCAACCACAAUGACGGCGAGGAUUCCAUCAGCAGCUGCAUUUGCCGGUCCCGUUCAUGUGACGGACCUGUAGCCCAAUGUGGUGGGGUUGACUGCAAGGGCCCGACCAUUGAGGUGGCCAACUGCUCCAGGAAUGGCGGCUGGACUCCCUGGUCUUCAUGGGGCCAAUGCAGCAGCAGUUGUGGUGUCGGUUUUGAAGUGCGGCAACGGUCCUGCAACAAUCCCUCACCUCGUCAUGGGGGUCGAAUUUGUGUUGGCCAAGGUCGGGAAGAGAGAUUGUGCAAUGAGAAAAAAAUAUGCCCGUUGCCAGUGCUAUGGACUGCUUGGGGGCCAUGGGCUCACUGCAGUGCUGAAUGUGGAGGAGGGGUCCAUGCCAGGACCAGAACCUGUGAGAAUGGAAACACCUGCCAGGGAUGUUCCAUGGAGUAUAAGACCUGUAACCUGGAGUCCUGCCCUGAGGUACGCCGCAACACCCCCUGGACCCCCUGGAUUCCAGUCAACGUCAGUCGAGAUGGAUCACGCCAAGAGCAGAGAUACAGAUACACAUGCAGGGCGUUGCUAGCAGACCUCCAGCUACUUCAGUUGGGCAAGAAGAAGAUAGAGACAAGGUUUUGUCCAAAUCAGGGCUCUGGAGCCUGCCAGACUGACUCUCUAGUUGAUGAUUUGGUCAAGUCCAGUGGUCAAACUGUGUCACAACCCCAAGAUGCACACUGGGAAUCUUGGGAAACCUGGUCUAGCUGCUCCCAGCAAUGUUCCAGAGGCUUUCGAACCCGGCGACGUGGUUGCUCAACGGUAGAGCACAGGAUCAAUCCAAGUGCCUGUGUAGGAACUCCAGUGGAAUAUCAAGAUUGCAACUUGCAACCAUGCUCAGUGGGAGGCGCCUGGUCAUGCUGGUCACCCUGGUCCCAAUGCUCUGAGAGUUGUGGCGGAGGCCACUUUCAGCGAACAAGGUCAUGUGACAACCCGCCCCCAGCCAAUGGAGGUGACAUUUGUAUUGGUCUACACACUGAAGAGGCGCUUUGUAACACACACACCUGUGAAGGCUGGGGUGUGUGGUCCGGGUGGGGGCACUGCAACGAGGAGGGUUUGCAGCAUCGCUCCCGUCACUGCGGCGAGAACCAGGAGGCCAAUUUGUGCCGGGGUAACAUUAGCCAGGCCAGACCAUGCCAAGUGCACGAGGUUGAAGUCAUUCUACCCGGGCAGGAAGACCACAGCUGUGGAACUUUCACCUUGCUCCAGUUGGCCGCUGUGGGCAUAGCCAGUUUUUUCGCCGCCGCGCUCUUGUCGGCACUGGCCUUCGCCUACUGCCACCAUCUGAGUAGGCCCUCCGUGGAAUCAGCAGUCAUCCACCCCACCAGUACGCACAACCAGCUAAACUACAACAAGCGGGGCAAUGCCAUGCCAAAGAAUGAGAAGUACAUUCCCAUGGAGGUUGUGAGGCUACACAAGAACAAUCUCCACAUGAACGACGAUACAAGCAACCACUUUCCUUCCUCCGUGUCUUCCAGCAACAUGUUUGCCACCACCUACUUCCCUCCCAACCUGGGCAAGUACGACUUUCCCCCGGAAGCACCGUGCAGGGCAUACAUGCACAGCUAACGUCAAAUCUGUUGCAUGAAAAAGUGUGAGUCCAACAGAAUCACCAAAACUCCCCCUGGUGCUCAUAGACAUGAAAUUACCCAAAUCACCUUUAAUGAUUUUGAGCAUUUACAUCUUAACAAAAAGACUUUGCAUUUGUUUUGCGUAAAAACCUUUAUUUCUUAAAAAAAAAAAAAGAUCCAUGUGUGCUACUACUUUACCAGAUGGGAUGCUGUCGUUUUCACCGUCUUGCAUAAGACCAGUGAAGAUGGCUAUUAGACUAAAGACACAUACCAUUCUAUGAUUGAUAUCAAAGAAUACAUUGUGAAGGACUCAUUGUUGGCAAAACACCCCGGAAUAGCCUCAUGGUGUAUUUAUUAUUUGUGUAAAAUGCAAAACUGUGACUGGAGAUCAGUUUUAAAUUUGAGCAGAUGUUUUAUCCCAUUUGAUAUGUUCUAUUCUCUGUGCGAUUCCCUCAUCUUUAUUCCUGAUAUGUUUCUCAGAGGACACUACAUGAUUUGGAAUCUGUUCAAAAAAAGGUUUUCCCCUUUUCAAAAUAUUUUUCUACAAUGUACAAUUAAACAAAUGAAAAAAAAGACAAAUCAGCUGGAUUAGUGGUUAGCACUGCUUCCCCACAUCAUGAAGGGUCCAGGUUCAAAAUCUCACCUUCUGUUUAGUUUGCAUGUUCUCUUGUCCAAAAACUCUGAUGAGGUCCAAUAUGACACUGCACAUGCAGUUACACCGGUUUACACAUCUUGGACUCGAUCCGCUUUCGAGAUUAGCAUAGAUGGAUUCCACUUUCCCUGAUAUGUUUUCUCCAUUGCUGCAAUGUCCUGCUGGAAUCCUUCCCGUGCUCAACACAGUUCAAUGAAAAGAUGGGAAUGAAAAAAUCUUUGGAUGACUUUGUAGGACUUCAGGACGUUUGCCACCAGCUGCUUAUAAUGAUCUGAUUUGUAGUUUCCAACUCUGAUGCAAAAGUCGAGUUUCUUUUCAUGCAAGGAAACCACCUCUCGAGUUGUAAUGCUGCCAUCUGCUGGAGGGAGACGUACCCUGCAGCCUUAGUUGCACUUUUUCAGGCAAUAUUUUAUUAAUUGUUCCCUACUUGUAAUAGAUUUGCUUCUCUUUAGUGUGACUUGGUGCCUUUGGGAUGUGGGCUGUGGGUUUGGAGUGUCUGUUUGUCUGUUGUGUCUGUUUUUUUUCAGGGUUUUGUGGUUAUGCUCGGCUCUACCCCAACCCAUGUGGUAUUCUGCCGAAGCACUCCCACAUGGUGGGUUCCUGCGGUGGCUGGUGCUUGGGCUAUCUGUGGGUGCCAGGUGAGAUUUUGUACCAUCUGUCUACGUCUCUCAAAUACUGUUCACAGAUCUGUCUAAAUCACUUAUAAAUCCACCUCACAAAAUGCUGACUAUACGGCAUGCUUAUAGCACAGGUGUGCCUUAAACUGGCCACAAUAAAAGGCCACUCUACAAAGUACAGUUUUACUGUCAGAAAACCAGUCAAUAACUGGUGUGCAACACGUCUCCUUUGCAUGGAGUGGAUCAGGUUAUGGCAUGUGGCAUGUUGGUCCACUCUUCAAUGGUUGUGCCAGGUUUGGGGAUAUCAGCAGGAAUUGGAACACGCCAUUAUUUCCAAAUAAUUUGAGGGUGGACCAUCUUGUAAUAUCCAUGUUAAUACUGUAUAUGUGUUGUAUAUACACUAUGUUUUCUACAGUACUGUGGUUGUUGUUGAUUUAUGAAUAAAUAAAGUUGGUAUGGU